AUGCAGGUGAUGAUCUCCCCCUCUAAGAACUACAUCCUGUUUAUAAUCUCCCUGGGGGUGAUUGUCCUCUUCCUGGUCGGCCUGCUGUGUGGACGCAUCACCAAGAGAGUCACCAGGGAACUGAAGGACAGCCUCCCUACCACCACCCAGAGCCCCAGUCUGGGCUUGCCCCAGCCACCUCCGCCCCUCUCCAGCCUCCCUACCACCACCCAGAGCCCCAGUCUGGGCUUGCCCCAGCCACCUCCGCCCCUCUCCAGCCUCCCUACCACCACCCAGAGCCCCAGUCUGGGCUUGCCCCAGCCACCUCCGCCCCUCUCCAGCCUCCCUACCACCACCCAGAGCCCCAGUCUGGGCUUGCCCCAGCCACCUCCGCCCCUCUCCAGCCUCCCUACCACCACCCAGAGCCCCAGUCUGGGCUUGCCCCAGCCACCUCCGCCCCUCUCCAGCCUCCCUACCACCACCCAGAGCCCCAGUCUGGGCUUGCCCCAGCCACCUCCGCCCCUCUCCAGCCCCCCUACCACCACCCAGAGCCCCAGUCUGGGCUUGCCCCAGCCACCUUCCGCCCCUCUCCAGCCUCCCUAG